CUCCUCUUCGUUGCCAAUCAACAUUUCAGACCAAAAGAAAAAAAAAGAAAGAAAACGCACCAAAGUUCUCUCUCUCCUCAGAACCCUGCUGACGUCACCUCUCCAGCCCCCAGCUAUGGGGCAGCGGUACGCUGCUCCGCGCUCUAUCCUCCUCCUCCUCCUCCUCCUCCUCUCAUUCGCCGGAGCGACGUCGGAUCUGUACUACUCGAAGCUCUCGGGAAUCAUCAUACCGGGGUUUGCAUCGACUCAGCUCCGAGCUUGGUCGGUGCUUGAUUGCCCUUUUUCUCCUCUCGAUUUCAAUCCUCUCGAUUCUGUUUGGCUCGACACCACCAAGGUGCUUUCAGCGGUGAAUUGUUGGUUAAAGUGCAUGCUGUUGGACCCUUAUAAUCAGACAGAUCAUCCUGAGUGUAAAUCGAGGCCGGAUAGUGGACUUUCUGCGAUUACUGAGCUGGAUCCUGGGUAUAUAACAGGUCCUCUUUCUUCUGUGUGGAAAGAAUGGCUUAAAUGGUGCAUUGAAUUUGGGAUCGAGGCUAAUGCAAUAGUUGCCGUUCCAUAUGAUUGGAGGCUAUCACCAUCAAUGCUUGAGGAGAGAGACCUUUACUUUCACAAAUUAAAAUUAACUUUUGAAACAACACUUAAACUUCGUGGUGGACCCUCUUUGGUUUUUGCCCAUUCCCUGGGGAAUAAUGUCUUUCGCUAUUUCUUGGAAUGGCUCAAGCUGGAAAUUGCACCGAAGCAUUACAUCCAAUGGCUUGACGAGCAUAUACAUGCAUAUUUUGCAGUUGGGGCUCCGCUUCUGGGUUCUACAGAAUCAGUUAAGGCUACUCUCUUUGGAUUUACAUUUGGUCUUCCAGUUGCUGAGGGAACUGCCCGACUGAUGUACAACUCGUUUGGCUCUGGUUUAUGGUUAAUGCCAUUCUCGAAACACUGUAAAGCAAACAAUAUUUACUGGAAGCAUUUCUUUGAGGGCCAAAAAAGUCACAAUCAUGCCCACCAAUGUGAUGACAUCGAGUAUCGGUCAAAUUACUCUGGAUGGCCUACAAAUAUUAUAAAUAUUGAGGUUCCUUCUUUACGAGUUAAUGAUGCCUACCCCUCUGUAAAUGAACUAGCUCAAGAUGUUCUCUCUGAUAUGGAAUGUGGGAAACCCAUUCAGAUGUCUUUUUCUGCUAGGGAGGUUUCAGAUGGUACUUUCUUUAAAGCUAUAGAGGAUUAUGACCCUGACACCAAAAGAAUUUUGUAUCAGCUUGAGAAGUUUUAUCAGGGUGACCCAGUGUUGAAUCCUCUGACAACUUGGGAUAGACCUCCAUUAAAGAAUGUUUUCUGUAUUUAUGGGAUUGAUUCAAAGACUGAGGUUGGUUACUAUUUUGCACCUAGUGGCAAGCCAUAUCCUGACAACUGGAUCAUAACUGAUGUCGUUUAUGAGUAUGAAGGAACCUUAUUUACAAGAUCUGGUAAUUCAAUUAGCGGAAACCCAGGUGCUGCCAGUGGGGAUACAACUGUGGCAUAUAAUUCUCUUUCCUGGUGUAAAACCUGGCUUGGAUCCAAAGUGAACAUAACAAGAGCUCCACAGGCAGAGCAUGAUGGAUCUGAUGUACAAGUACACCUAGACGUGGAGCACAUUCAAGGAGAAGAUAUAGUUCCAAACAUGACAAGAGCUCCCCGGGUUAAGUACAUGACUUACUAUGAAGAUUCUGAAAGUAUACCAGGAAGGAGGACAGCAGUAUGGGAACUAGAUAAAGCAAACCACAGGAACAUUGUUAGAUCUCCAGUAUUAAUGCGGGAAUUGUGGCUUCAAAUGUGGCAUGACAUCCAUCCUGAUGCAAGUUCAAAAUUUGUAACUAAAGCCAAACGGGGUCCUUUGAGGGAUGAAGACUGUUACUGGGAUUAUGGGAAGGCUCGGUGUGCCUGGCCUGAGUAUUGUGAAUACAGGUACAAUUUUGGGGAUGUUCAUCUGGGUCAGAGCUGCAGAUUGAAAGGUUCUUCUGCUGACCUCCUCCUACACUAUCUUUAGUGUUAUUGGAAAUUGGAGCCAACAAAUUGAUUGUACUGCUAUUGAUUGAUACAUUGGGAAAAUUUUCAACUUGUCAUCUGCCAACUUGAUAAACUUUCAGCAAACUGGGAGAGCCAUUUAUUGCUAUUCGUAGACUAUUAUUGUUCUUGGCGUGAAAUUUUUCUGGAGGAAUCAAGAAGUUGGUGAACUGAUCUAUCAGUUUCAUGCAGAAAAGAGCCACAUUCACUAACUGCUACAGUGCUGUUCGAGUCCAUUGUCCAUCGGUUUGUUAUGACUUGCUGGUUCCUCACUCAAAGAGCUAAAAUCAUUUUGUUGUACAUGUAUCACUCAAACUGAGUAUGUGUGAAGUAGAAACUUAUGCAUGUAUAAUAUGUACUUGUAGGGGGUGUUAGGUUCACCCAUUUUAUAGAAAAGUUUUGACAAAACACCCGACAAUAGCAUUUUUGUAAAUAAUAGAUUUCUGUAGAUUUUCGUAAA